UGGAGUUGUGCUGAUGCUGGUGAUCGUGGGGGAAUGGUGAUAACGACCACACUCAAUCUCUUGCUUCAUUUGAUGAAACAAAAUACCAACAGGGAAAAAGAAGAAAGAAAGAAAAGAUCGUUGCUUUCUUCUUCAAUAGAAAAUUCCAUUCCCUUAUUACUUGGAUUUUAUUCCAUUGCAUAUUCAGCUUUUAGUUUUAACUGUUGCAAAGGAUGGGAGAUCAUUUUGUGUUGCUUGUGGACCGACUGCUAACUGAAUCAACCCUUGAAGCUGCUAUUGAGAGUAGAAGCCAAUCAAAUCAAGGCAUGCCCUCGGCAAACAAACAUGAUAUAAUUGACUUGUCAUCUUGUAGGAUGGAUGACAAUGUUGGUUCAUUUCCAAGUAAAUUUGUGGAAUGUAGGAUUUGCCAUGAUGAUGAAGAAGAUUUGAACAUGGAGAUACCCUGUUCUUGCCGUGGCAGCCUGAAGUAUGCUCACCGCAAAUGCGUUCAGAGGUGGUGCAAUGAAAAGGGCGAUAUCAUAUGCGAGAUUUGCCACCAGCAAUUUAAGCCUGGUUAUACAGCACCGCCGCCUUUAUUUCAUUAUGGAAGUGUUCCUAUGAACUUCAGAGGGAAUUGGGAAAUUUCCAGGAGAGACCUGCCAACUCCUCAUUUUAUAACAGUGGUCACUGAUGAUAGUGAUUUUCUGGAAUCCGACAUCGAUGAUUACUCGGCUCCCAGCUCUCAAAGCCUGAUAUGUUGUCGUGUCAUCGCUAUAAUUUUUAUGGUUCUUCUGGUUCUGCGCCACACUCUUCCGAUCCUAAUCAGUGGUGCUGGAGACUAUUCUUUGACAUUGUUCACCUUGUUAAUGUUGCGAGUCAUUGGGAUUAUGUUGCCUAUAUAUAUCAUGGUUAAGGCAUUUACUGCUAUCCAACGUCGCCGACACCAUCAGGAUCCUCGGUUUUCCCUCGAUGCAUCAGACGAAGAAGGUGAUUUAUCGGAGCUGCAGCAGCCGCGGUCACGUUUGAUUUGACUACACUAAUCUAGUCGUAGUGCUGGAUCAUAUGAAAGAGAACUCAGAGAGAGAAAGGAAACAAGCAGGAUGGAUAUAUAUAGAAUUGGAAAUGGUUCAAGUUCAACAGCAUGGUUGAAGUAUUGAAUGGUAAAUAUGAAGAUAGCAUAGGAGUAGUAGAGUUGCGCUUAAUACAAUUAAUAUCUAGACUUUCAUCCAUUUUUAAUAUUUUUGGAUUUAAAUG